GGGGGGGGGUGGAGGGGUGGGGGGAAACGAGCGAGCAGGCCGCGGACUCAUCCCCGGCCUCGCGUAGCUUCCUGCGGCCGGCCGCCAUGGGCGACACCAGCGAGAGAAGCAAGCCGCCCGGUCUCCCUCCACGCUGUCCCUGCGGCUUUUGGGGGUCCAGUAAGACCAUGAAUCUCUGUUCCAAGUGUUUUGCUGACAUCCAGAAGAAGCCGCCGGAUGAGGAUUGUCCCUCUAAGGGCAGCAGCAGCGAGACCACCACAGCCACCAUCACCACCAUCGCCAACAGCGGCACCACCACCGCCAUCAACACCACCACCAACAAGACUCCAUCUAUAUCGUCGCCAGUGUCGCCAUCUUUGUCCCUGCCCACCGCCACCGAGCUGCCGGCUGCCGAGGAACCCUCGCCUUUGUUCGCCGCAUCCAAGGAGGUUUCAGGCGUGUCGUCCACAGUGACAGCGCAGAGUACGAUGUGCACGCCCACAAAACGUCCUCGAGAGUCGGCCUCUGCUUCGGAGAGCGAGGCCACGCCGGAGAAGCGGCCGCGGGCGGAGGCGAAAGAAGAAGAAGAAGAAGAAGACGGCGGCGGCGAGGAGCAAGCAGGCAGCACGCCCAAGCAGAAGAACCGUCGCCGCUGCUACAGCUGUCAAAGUAAACUGGAGCUGGUGCAGCAGGAACUGGGCUCCUGUCGCUGUGGCUACGUGUUCUGCAUGCUGCACCGGCUCCCCGAGCAGCACGACUGCCUGUUCGACCACCUGGGGCGUGGGCGUGAGGAGGCGGUCCUCAAGAUGGUCAAGCUGGACCGCAAGGUGGGCCGCUCGUGCCAGCGCAUCGGCGAGGAGUGCUCCUGAUCGGCCGCCGCCGCCGCAUCCGCUCCCACGUGAGGCGUUUACACGCCCGUUGAGGAACACAGACGUGUGGCUGAAUGGAGGCAAGAAGAUGAGGAGGAGGAUAUUUUGGACCUGAACGCCGCUUACACUCACAUAGCCUUAAUCCCACCCCACCCCGCCGCCCUGGAUUUUUCCUAACCACGGGAAGUUGCGGCGAACUCUCGCCGUCUUCUCUCUCAGGUCGAACCCACCUUCCUCCUCCUCUUCCAUCUUCAAUUUUUUUUUUUAAACGGCGUUGUGUUCCCUGCCGGUGAAAAUCUUUUGAGCUGGACUUGUGCUCACGUUGGCUCCAGGAGAACACAACCCCAUCCGUGUCGCACGAGUGAGAGACUAUGAGAAAGUGAGUUUGUGUGUGCAUGAGAGCUUCCCCUUCCUCCUCACAAUGCUCGGUACAGUACUCACGUAGCGGGGAAGUACGGCUGAAGUUUUUUUUUUUCUUCUUUUUUCUUUUCCUGUUCCGAUAUAAGUUGUUACCCAAAACGUGACCACGGAGUACCCGCAGACUCGCGUGACCUCCUCCAAGGCUUCUAUUAAUUUAUUUUUUUGGGCUGUUUUGUGGCUACAAUUAAUCGAUCGGGUGGUGUUUGUACUUACUAGAUUGUGGGGAUGUUUUGCUUGUUUUGGAAAGUGAACCAAAUCUAUUCUUCCUUGUCGCCGUUUGACACUCGCCAGCUGGGCUAAAGUUAGCAGCUGGCAUCUAAAUGCAUCAUAGUCACCAUCUUUAGUCAUUGUGCUGAGCUUGCAUGCAAGUUUAGUUUUCAACAGAAAUUGGGCUACUGUGUUGGCAACAUUUAAUUUUCUUUAGAGAAAUGACAAAUUGUGAUCCUGAUAGAGGACAACACUUAAAACACUUGACUAUCAUUUAUUGGGGCUAAAAUGUUCCUAUUUAUGGGCGUUAGUUCUUUUUUUUUGGGGGGGGGGUCUAUUCCUGAUAGAGAAAUCUACAAAAUUUAAUGUUGCUAAUUGAAACUGUGUUUGGGGGAUGAGUUUUCAAAAAAUUCAAAGGACCCCCGGAAAAGGCCAAAUUGACCCCGUUAUGGCUACCUGUGUCUUUUCAGCUAUGACUUCUUGAGACUGAAUUUUCAAACAUAACUUCAAAUUAGAGUAUGGUGUUAAGACAACCCCACACACAAUGAUAAAAAAGUCAAAUCUUUCAAGAUUUUGUGUCGUCUGUUCGUCUACUAGACGUAGUUCAAAUUUGGUGGCAAUCAAGACAAAAUCACUCUGAGGAGUCGGUCUUUGAAGGACCCAUGGAAACGUUCAAAAGGAGACUACAGUAAAUCACGCAAACGAGCUCACGACUUGGAUGCAACGGAACUGAAAAAUUCUAUGUCACAAAUUCAAACUCCGUCACUCGAAGAGACUUCUAAAGACUUUGUUGUGUCGUCGCUCUUAAUCAGUGACACACUUUGGACUGGAUCUUAUUGCAUUUGCACAAGGAUAGGAUGCGUUUGUUGCUUCCGUCGGGGAGGAAGCGGAGCGUCGCAACUCGAUCGAGAAGCAACAGGGAAAGCGGACGAACUACGCGAAAUUGUUCCUCUUCAAGCUCUUCCUCCUCUGGAGAUUUGGAACGGCGCUAAAGGGAGAAGAAAAAUGUCACAGAUCUUUGUUGUUCUUGGGAUCUUUUUGUUUUUGUGUGCUGAUGAGAAAUGGAAGAAAAAGAAAAUAUCUUUCUGUACCUUUUCAAAGCAAAGAAUUAUUUAACCUUAUAUCAGUUCGAGUUACAACCUAGCAUAGAGUGGCAUAGUUUCAUUGUAUUAAGAAAAAACAUAAUUCUGUCCUAUUUUCUCCUUAAUUUGUGUUCUGUUUUCUGAUGAGGAAAUAAACUGGAUUAGAGGA